AGCCGUCAGCGCUGCACACCGCUUUCUCUCCCUCCCUGUCUUGUCACCACGGAAUUGUGCCGUUCUUCGCUGGGUCCUCACCGAACCGGCAAACACACACACACACAAGGGAAAAAAUGCACUCAGGCGCUUCAGAAGGGAUACAUCUGUAGUGGCUUUCUUUUGUUUGUUGUUUCAUUGUUCCUCAUCGGACGAUCAUGUGGCGCCUCUCCACGCACUUGCUGAAGCGGCGGCCACCGCCUCUGGGCUACAGUAAAAAGGCUUUUUACGCAAAGGCGCGCAAUCCAGGGGCGAGCAAGCCAUGGCGCGAUCGCGUUGCCGUUUCUGGCGGCAGCAUUGAAGUAACGUCCAACACGGAUGUGGUGAAUGCGGAAGGUGACACGGUGCUCGGCAGCCUCACCACUGCCGGCCCACUCGGCAUGCGGAGUCCGCACACAAGCGUCGCAGCGGCGGGGGCGGCGUUGACGAGCGGUCAGCGAUCUACUACCGCUGUUUUCCUCCCUUCGUCGGACACCCACGCCUUCGAUUUCACAGGAGAGAGCCAUGGGGAUGACGCUCCUGUGGCGGAUACCGACAACGCGGUAAGUGGAGUCUCGUUGCAGGCUGCCCAACCGUCUCCGAUGACCGUCUCUUCGUUAUCGUCUUCGUCGCCCUACGGCGAAGGAACCGGCGUCGCACACCCCGUCGUCCCGUCGCUUGAUGUAACGGCAAGCACCGCAUCCCCCCGCGGUGCUGCUGCCACUGCUGCGUCUGGCAUGCCGGCCUUGCGACCUGCUUCCAUGGCCACCUUGCCCUUUGGCAAAACGCUCGAGUUGAACGUGGAGGAGGUCGAGACGCAUCCGUCGUCGGAGCCGGUCCCGAUCCAUCUCCAGCACCUGCAGCGACGCUCCAAAAAGGCGGUGGCGGACUCCAUCUUACUCCCGCGUCACAUCAAUAAGCUUUUCCACAAGAUCAUGGGGUGGUCCGAGGAGCUCGUGGAACUCGAAAGCAGGGUAGACGAGACAGCAGCAACGUCAGCCGGUAGUUCCUCCGCACCCGUUCCCGCAGACGGGAUGCUCGACCAAGACAGCCCACGCGCGCUGCGCAAGAAGGCGGCGAACAUGGCCGACAAGAUCAAGUACGGCGUGCUGCUCGACGCCUACGAAAAGGACAAGUUUGCCGUCGAGCACCAGCUCCAGAUGGCUGGGAACACGAUGGAGCGUAAGAUGUUAGAGUGGGAGGGCUUGCACGUGCUCGAUCAGGACGCCGCCGCGGAGAUGGCGAACGUGCUGGAGAACAAAGCAGCGCUGGUGAUGGAGGCGCCCGCGUCGUUUCACAUCCCGGUACCGGGCCGCGACUGCUGCCCCGGCUGCGGUGCGAUGCUGCAGAACACCCACGAGGACGAAUUUGGGUACGUCCGGCCCGGCGCGAUUGAGAGGCACGUGGCGCAGCGCAGCGAAACGGCGCAGCUGCGGAAUGCGUACGCCACCCGCAUGGCAGAGCUGCAGGCCCACUGGGAGAAGCACGGUCGACAGGUGGGCGAGGAGUGGUUGGACUUCAUGACGCAAGAGGAGUUCGACGCUUUCUACCGCGACACGCCGCGCCCCUUCACCUGCCAUCGCUGCCAUGCGUUGGAGAACAUGGGUGUGGAGGGGCGCCGCAAGGUGUGGUCGGCGCCGGAUUUUACGGAGCAGCUGCGCGCGCUCAAGGAAAAGAAGUGCGUUGUCGUGCUUGUCGUGGACAUCACCGACUUCCCUGGGUCGAUGGUGUACGACCUGCCGGGGCUCAUCAGCAUGAACAACCCCGUCAUCGUUGCCGUUAACAAGAUGGACUGCAUUCGAAACCGGUCCUUCAACUACGACGGUAAAGACCGCGGCGUCGCGGCCUGCCUGGUAACCGAGAACUACGUGCGCCGUUGGGUGCUCGACAUUGCCGUUCAGUUCGGCUUGCCACGCCACCAGAUCCAGCGAGUGGUGCCGCUCUCCGCGAAGCGAGGCUGGGGAAUUCCGCAGCUCCUCCGCGCCAUCGAGGAGACCGCGAACCUCAACCUGCGCCGCCCACACAAACCUCUGCCCACCUACUUUGUCGGCGUAGCAAACGUGGGCAAGUCCUCGGUGAUCAACGCCAUGGCGCACGCCCUCUACGUGCCACAGCCGCCACACCCGCAGAGCAAGAAAGUGUACUUCACCAAGACAAACAGCGAGGGUGGGGAGGCGGUCUUCUGGCGAUGGUACACCCCACCCAAUGUGAAUCAGGCCGAGAUGAUUGACAUACGCGGCCGCCACGAUAAGCGGGCGUCGAAGCUGAUGACGGUUUCCUCGCUACCCGGCACCACCGUCGCGGUCAACGCGGUGCGCAUCACCCGCGCCGCUGCGGCCGACAAGGUCGCCCGCCUGCAAGGGCCGGAGGCAGACACAGCAGACGCUGCAGCAGCGGACGAGUCUGCCGAGACGCAAACGUACUUCUACGACACCCCGGGACUGCUGCCCCACUGGCACCGGCGAUCGCCCCUCACCCUGCUGCAGAUGCGGCGCACCCUCAUCCGAAAGUUCCGCAAUCCGCAGUGCUUCAUCCUGCUGCCGGGGCACACCCUUUUCCUCGGCGGGCUGGCCGCCAUCGACGUCGUGCGAGGACCGCCACGGGGGCUUUUGUUUCUCGUGUACACGUCGCAAAAAGUCCGCAACGCUAUUGUCAACACGGUGCAGUCAGAAGCGUUCUGGCACGAGCAACUCGGCAAAGCGCUCGAUCCACCCGGCUCGUAUGAGCAGUUGUUGCCGCUGGAUGGCAUGUCCGCUGGCGGAGCCGCGGCGGCGGCGCCUGGUCUGUCCGAGACAAAAAGUUACCUCUUUGAGUGCUACGCGCGUCAUCGUCGACGCCCCAAGGCAGACAUUUACGUGUGCGGCCUCGGCUGGGUCUCCUUCUGCGUGAGCGAGCCCUCCGACGUCGUCCUACGCGUGCGCACGCUGCCUGGCAUUGUCCACGGCGUCCGCGAGCCGCUGCGCUACAAAGACCUACGUGCGAGGAGGGCGUGGCCGAAGCUGAAGCGGCGCUUCACCGCAAAGGGUUUGGAGGACCGCGACAGCGACGUAGAUGCAGACUCGAUCAACACAGUGGUACGGCUCGUGUCAGCACCUGUGUCAACGAGCGCUGAUGCUACGGGAGGGGAGGACGGUGCCUGCCGUGAUGCGGCUGACGAGGGCACUGGUCUGCGCACUAUCCUGAAGGCGCAACACGUCCGUCAUUCGUCGUCGUCUUCCGCGCCGUUCGCGGCUUUAAAAGAAGCGCUGCACGCCUCUGGUAAGCUGUAA